CUUGGACCCCACAGGUCCAGGCUGGCGCUGGCCUGGGCUCCGCAGCCUUCCAAGGCCCCCACGGGGGCUUUGGGCGGGGGCAUCAGCCAUGACCGGACGUUUAGAGUUCUGGUUCCGUCGAUCUCAUCUGGGGCGUCGGAUAAAAAUCCAGGCUUCCGGACCCACCCCACACUGCAUCAGAGUCACCAGGAAACUCUGGUUGUAGCAGGCGCCACAAGUGAGCUGGUUUGACCACUGAUUUAGUUCAGCACCGCCAUUUCGCUUGUAGAAAAGUGAACCCCGAGAAGACACAGAACUUACUGAAGUCAGCAGGCAGUCAGGCAGCAGGGCCGAGGUCAGAACCCGGCUGUCUUCAGAUGCCUCUUCCCCAGCGUAUCCUGAUUCAGUCAGGAAUACCGCAGCAAGGUGAUUCUGUGGCCAGAAUUCUUUGUUGGGUGACAGUAGGGUGUUGAAGUGCACCUUUGGUGUCAGAGGGCUGCCCAGGAGCUGCGGGACAAGCACCAGGAGCCCCUCCGGGUAGCUACUACCCUGGACCCCCCAAUAGUGGAGGGCAGUAUGGUAGUGGGCUACCCCCUGGUGGUGGUUAUGGGGGUCCUGCCCCUGGAGGGCCUUAUGGACCACCAGCUGGCGGAGGGCCCUAUGGACACCCCAGUCCUGGGAUGUUCCCCUCUGGAACUCCAGGAGGACCAUAUGGCGGUGCAGCUCCAGGGGGCCCCUAUGGUCAGCCACCUCCAAGUUCCUACGGUGCCCAGCAGCCUGGGCUUUAUGGACAGGGUGGCGCCCCUCCCAAUGUGGAUCCUGAGGCCUACUCCUGGUUCCAGUCGGUGGACUCAGAUCACAGUGGCUAUAUCUCCAUGAAGGAGCUAAAGCAGGCCCUGGUCAACUGCAAUUGGUCCUCAUUCAAUGAUGAGACCUGCCUCAUGAUGAUAAACAUGUUUGACAAGACCAAGUCAGGCCGCAUCGAUGUCUACGGCUUCUCAGCCCUGUGGAAAUUCAUCCAGCAGUGGAAGAACCUCUUCCAGCAGUAUGACCGGGACCGCUCGGGCUCCAUUAGCUACACAGAGCUGCAGCAAGCUCUGUCCCAAAUGGGCUACAACCUGAGCCCCCAGUUCACCCAGCUUCUGGUCUCCCGCUACUGCCCACGCUCUGCCAAUCCUGCCAUGCAGCUUGACCGCUUCAUCCAGGUGUGCACCCAGCUGCAGGUGCUGACAGAGGCCUUCCGGGAGAAGGACACAGCUGUACAAGGCAAUAUUCGGCUCAGCUUCGAGGACUUCGUCACCAUGACAGCUUCUCGGAUGCUAUGACCCAACCAUCUGUGGAGAGUGGAGUGCACCAGGGGCCUUUCCUGGCUUCUUAGAGUGAGAGAAGUAUGUGGACAUCUCUUCUUUUCCUGUCCCUCUAGAAGAACAUUCUCCCUUGCUUGAUGCAACACUGUUCCAAAAGAGGGUUGAGAGUCCUGCAUCAUAGCCACCAAAUAGUGAGGACGGGGCUGAGGCCACACAGGUAGGGGCCUGAUGGAGGAGAGGAUGGAAGUUGAAUAUCCUGAUGGCCAUGAACAGUUGAGUGGCACAGCCUGGUACCAGGAGCAGGCCCUUGGAAUGGAGUUAGUGUCCAGUCAGCUGAGCUCCACCCUGAUGCCAGCGGUGAGUGUUCAUCGGCCGUUACUGUUAGUACCUGUGUUCCCUCACCAGGCCAUCCUGUCACACGAGCCCAUUUUCUCCGAAGUGGAAUCUGACCAAGCAUGAGAGAGAUCUGCCUAUGGAACCAGUGGCUUGGAUUCCGCCAUACCCAUAAAUCCUUGUAUGUUAACUUCUAGCUGCCUGGGGCUGGCCCUGCUCAGACAGAUCUGCUUCCUGGGCAUCUUUGGCCAGGCUUCUGCCCUCCGCAGCUGGGACCCCUCACUUGCUUGCCAUGCUCUGCUCGGCUUCGGUCUCCAGGAGACAGUGGUCACCUCUCCCUGCCAAUACUUUUUUUACUUUGCAUUUUUUUUUCAUUUGGGGCCAAAAGUCCAGUGAAAUUGUAAGCUUCAAUAAAAGGAUGAAACUCUGGA